AUGAUCAGGUUUAAUAAGGUUUAUUUGUUAUAAAUGUAUUUUAGUAAAUUUAAAAUGAAAUAUAAUUAGACUGAUGAUAAUUUGAAUAAAUAAAAAGCAACAAAAUGGAUAUCAUAUAAUUUUGAUUAUGAAGAGAAUAGUUAAAGACUGAUGAUAAUUUGCAUAAAUAAAAAGCAACAAAAUGGAUACCAUAUAAUUUUGAUUAUGAAGAGAAUAGUUAAAGGUAAGAAUAAUCUGGUGGCUGAGUUAGAUAAUGAUGAUAAUAAUAAUAAUUUAAAUAAGAAAAUUAAGUAUAAAUAAAAUACAAAUAUAAAGUGA